AUGGAUGUUUCGGGACGUAAAAGAUCUUUAGAUGCUAUUUUAUUUUGCCAGCCAUGCAAGGGUGACGAUGAUACGGUACAAGCAGAGGGUUAUUGUGAGGAUUGUAAUGAGUUUAUAUGCUCAUCCUGUAUCAAAGCACACCGGAAGUUGGCCGUGACAAAAUUUCAUGUAAUCAAAUUCAAAGGUGAAAUGCCCAGUUUUCUUACUGCUCGAAAUGAUGCAUGCACGGAACUCUGUGAUUACCAUAAGAACGAAAUAGUAAAGUUUUACUGCAACGAACACAAUAGUGUUGGAUGUAGAGAUUGUAUGGUUCUUAAACAUACUUCCUGCAAGAUUCAACUCGUUUCAGACGUCUCCAGAAAAUGUAAUGUCAGUGACGAACUUGUUUAUACCAAGUAUAGAAUUGAUCAUCUGAAGAAAAGUCUGGCGUCAUGUAAAGAAGAAAUCAAAUGCAGUCUUCAAACAGCAGACGAAAUAAAAGCAAUAGCCAUUAAGGACAUUAAACAAUUCUGUAAAGAUAUGGACACCUAUCUUGACAAUGUGGAAGAAACUCUUAUGCAGGAAGUAGAAAUGGUUAAUGAUUGUGAUGUUCGUACACAGAAGAAACUUCAUGAUCAAUGCGAUGAAAUAAAUGAUGAAAUUGUCAUAUUACAGAGUAAACUAGAACAGUGUAAAGACAAUAUUAAUAACUUGUUUGUUACAUCUAAACUUGUGCAGGAAAAACUGCAGAAAUGUCACGAAAUAAAUAAGGAUAUUUCAUCUAAAAGUCAAAUCCACACUUUCAAAUUCACUCCUUCUGAAGAAAUGAACGCUUUGAAAAUAGAUAACAAAAGCAUAGGCCAUCUUGAUAAGCAAUUAAAGAAAUACCCAGGAAAAUGCAGGGAGUGUAUCAUUGGCAUUAAAGCUCAUUUGUCGCAGAAGUUCGAUAUUAAGACGAAACAGGAAUGGACUGUUACAUAA